AUCAAAUCGCUUGAAGCAUCCACGUGUCGCGCAGGAGAAUCAGUAAAUAAGAAACAGUCGAAUCCAAUCCAAGUCAAACACAGCCUAACAAACAAAACUGAGAAAAGGAGAAAAGAAGUCCACAGACCCCGGCAAAGAGAAGAGCUGAGAGAGUAAGAAAUUCCUCCCCUCUCUCUCUCUCUCUCUCUUUCAACCACACAAUCUCCAAUGGCGGCGACGAUGUACCCGGCGGCAGCUACGGCCGCUUCUUCCACCACUUCCUUCCUACUCCCUGCCAUCCCCGCCGUUAGAACCGUCCGCUGCUCUCGCUUACCUCUCCUUCCGCCUCGCUCAUCCUCCCGCUUCUCGCCUGCUUCGCUCAAAGCGCUCUCAGAAUCCUCGAGGGUUUCCCUGCUCCAGACCAGAGCCACAUCUUCAGAUGAGAGCUCGGUCGAUACUAGUGAGAUCUUCACUGAUCUCAAGGAGAAGUGGGAUGCAGUGGAGAACAAGUCCACCGUGCUUGUCUAUGGAGGUGGGGCAAUAGUUGCCGUUUGGCUGUCAUCCAUUCUCGUAGGUGCCAUCAAUUCGGUGCCUUUGCUCCCUAAGAUCAUGGAGUUGGUCGGGCUUGGCUACACCGGCUGGUUUGUCUACAGAUACCUCCUGUUCAAGCAAAGCAGGAAAGAACUGGCUACAGAUAUUGAGACAUUGAAGAAGAAGAUUGCUGGGACGGAAUGAGAUCCCGAGUUAACGACACAGAAGUAUCUUUCAAUUCUCGAUUAUGUUUGCUUCGUGAGGAAUCACAUCCGUCGUAUCAUGUAUGUAGUAGUAACAUGUGUAGAGUAGAGGUUGCCCUAUGACUGGAAUUCAUGUGACCUAAGUGCUACCCCCAUUGUUCUGUUAUG